AUGGCCGAAGACCCCGAUCCGAGCCAGUAUCUGAUCGUCUCCCUGGAGAUGAAGCGAAAGGACCAGACCAAGCCGUACGAUGGCAAGAAGAUGGUCUGGGUGCCUGAUGACAAGGAGUGCUACCUGCUGGGCAACAUCGUCAGCACCAAGGGAGACAUGGUCACCGUCGAGAUCAAGGGUGAAGAGCGAACAAUGAAAAAAGACCUCCUCCAGCAAGUGAAUCCUCCCAAGUUUGAAAAGACCGAAGACAUGGCUAAUUUGACGUACUUGAAUGAUGCCUCGGUCUUGCACAAUCUUAGGGAGCGAUACAUUAACAAUAUGAUCUAUACCUACUCUGGUUUGUUCUGCGUGGUAAUCAACCCCUACAAGCGCUUCCCCAUCUACACCAACCGAGUAGUGCAGAUGUACCGUGGCCGUCGUCGCACUGAAGUGCCGCCCCAUCUCUUCGCCAUCUCUGACGGCGCCUACACCGAGAUGUUGACCA